GCCUCUGCUUUGGAAGCGGGAGGUGGUGGCCGCUGGAGCAGGAGAGGGGAAUUUUCGUCUGCCAAGAUGGCUUCUAAAAGGAGAGCUAUGAACUUCAGUGAAAGACAUCAGAAAUUAGUAGAUGUAAACUACUGCAAGAAAUUGCAUGUCCAAUCACUAAGAAAGAUACAGAAUCAAGUCAGGGACCAAAUGGUGCAGAACGAAAAUGAUGACCGUGUGGAGCGCAGGAGAUUCCUCAGAUUAUUACAGAAUGAACAGUUUGAGUUGGAUAUGGAAGAGGCCAUUCAAAAGGCAGAAGAAAACAAAAGAUUGAGGGAACUUCAGAUUGAACAAGAAGAAAAAAUGGCUAUGGAAUUGGCCAAACUAAAACAUGAAAGUCUAAAGGAUGAAAAGAUGAGGCAACAAGUAAGAGAAAACAGUAUUGAGCUCAGAGAAUUGGAGAAGAAAUUAAAAGCAGCUUACAUGAAUAAAGAAAGGGCAGCUCAGAUUGCAGAGAAGGAUGCCAUUAAACAUGAGCAAAUGAAACGUGAUGCUGAAAUAGCCAAAAUCAUGAUGGAAGAACACGAGAGAGCAAUAAAGGAAGAGAAUGCUGCAGAGAACAAACGGAAUAAAGUAAAAGCACAGUAUUAUCUUGACUUGGAGAAACAACUUGAGGAACAAGAAAGGAAAAAGCAGGAAGCUUAUGAGCAGUUACUGAAAGAGAAACUCAUGAUUGAUGAAAUUGUUAGGAAAAUCUAUGAAGAAGAUCAAUUGGAAAGACAACAAAAGUUAGAAAAAAUGAAUGUAACUCGAAGGUACAUAGAAGAGUUUCAGAAAGAGCAGGCUCUCUGGAGAAAAAAGAAAUGUGAGGAGAUGGAAGAAGAAAACAGAAAAAUCAUAGAGUUUGCCAACAUGCAGCAACAAAGAGAAGAAGAUCGAAUGGCAAAAGUUCAAGAAAAUGAAGAAAAAAGGCUGCAGCUUCAGAAUAUGCUGACUCAGAAAUUGGAAGAAAUGCUGCGGCAACGUGAAGAUUUGGAACAAGUGAGACAAGAAUUAUACCAGGAAGAACAAGCUGAAAUACAUAAGAUGAAACUAAAAGAGGAAGCAGAAGAGAAAUUAAGAAAGCAAAAGGAGUUGAAACAAGAUUUUCUAGAACAAAUGGCCCUGAAGGAACUAGUACUCCAGGCUGCAAAAGAGGAAGAGGAGACCUUUAGAAAAGCUACGCUAGCUAAGCUUGCUGAGGAUGAUCGAAUAGAACUGAUGAAUGCUCAGAAGCAAAGAAUGAAGCAGCUAGAACACAGGAGGGCUGUGGAAAAGCUUAUCGAAGAGCGUCGCAACCAGUUCCUUGCAGACAAACAACGUGAACUGGAAGAAUGGCAGUUGCAGCAAAGACGACAAGGAUGUAUUAAUGCAAUUAUUGAAGAAGAAAGACUAAAACUUCUCAAAGAACAUGCUACAAAAUUACUAGGAUAUCUUCCUAAAGGAGUAUUUAAAAAGGAGGAUGAUAUCGAUAUGCUUGGUGAAGAGUUUAGAAAAGUAUAUCAGAAAAGGAGGGAAAUUUGUGAAGAGAAGUGAUACCAUCAAGAUUUGGUAAAACCUGGAUUGUUUUGUUUUCACCACUAGAUGUCAGUGUGACUUUUGUUUCACAGGUCAGUGACAGAAUCCAUAAUGUAUUUGGAUUUUCUAAAGCAACUCUGUAUUUCAUCAUUUGUAAACAAUUAUCUAUAAGAAAAUAUUUGUUUUCUGAUAAAAUUAAAUUGCAGAAUAUUUUUUAUCUAUAAAAUUAAUUGCUAUUAGUCAAAUUCUUGUUCUUGUACUGAUAAUUUGAAGAGCUGAGUUACACACCACAUUACAACAUUUUCUUUAUAUAAAUACAAUACAGCCAAACCCAGGAGACUAACUUUUCCAUACUACUCCUCCUGCUCAGAGCUUGGUAUUUGUGUUUAGGGAAAGUAUCUUUUUCUUUCUACUAUAAGGGAAAAGAAUAAGGAGUGAGGAAUUUCAAAGUGCUUUAUUGUCAAUAAGAACUUAAAUGACAGUUUAUGUGCUAGUACUGUUUUUAUUAACUAGAGCUAAAUCACCAGAGCAUAAAAUACUUUAUAUAAAAGGGCAAGUGGCUCACAAUUUUCUAAUAAUCACCUAUCAAUUUUGUAUCCACCCCAAAUCUAAACAGGGAAUUUGUUGCAAUUGCUUUGAUUUCAUUAUCAAAUAUCUUAAUUAUUUAUAGAGAGUAAAAAUAAAUCAUUAAAACUUUAAAUAAAAUGUAUAUGGGGCACACAGUCAGUUAUACAGACUAAUUAAAGUAGGUCACUUAUCAAUUUCCCCAUUCAAGUGCCUUCAUAAAUUCCUCUUCGGUGAAAGACAGCAUCUUGGCAGCUUCAAUAUGCAUCUGUGUUUGUAACAAAUCAAUAUUGUUUUAGCAUUAAGAGUAGACCACAGGACAACACUCAGUUGAUAAAAAUGUGUAUAUAAAUAUGCUAUCAAAUGAUAAGCUCUGUUGGAAUGUGUACUCUAAUUCCAAUAAACAUAUUUGAAAUAAUUACAUUCAAGGGUCAGCCUGUAAAAGCCUAUUUGUCCAUGGUGGUUACUGAAUCAACCUGUUGAGAGAACACUUCAGUAGUAUUUUAAUACGUAACCUUUGCAAAAAGGGAAAGUGGCAGAGCCAUGGCUUCGAAUCUUCUCACCACCAGGUAAUUCACGUGUAGAGAAGGGAAGAGUGAUUUGGAAUCCAUUUGCACUCUUCCGUGUUUAAAGAGGCAAACCAAUCCAAUACGGUAAUAGUAUAUUAUACUCUUGUAUAUACUUUCUGUCAUUAGGGAGUACCCAUACUGUAUUUACCAGUCCCAUUUUCCACAUUACUAAUUUAUCUGCCUGAAAAUAUCCAUUUGCUUGGAUGACAUGUUAUGUAGAAAUCUUAUUAUGUAUGUUCUAUAGGUAAAAUUUUGUACCUAA